CCCAGCUUCCGCCGCUUGUACAAUUGACAGGCUGAAAAGUUAAGGUACAACAACGUGUGCGCAGAUGGCUCUGCCGAAACAGGCGAUUUGGCGUUUGUUUUUGCUGGUUGUCAGUUUCUGACUCAAUAUAGUAGUACACAUUCGUCAAGGGAUAUCACGUAGUCAGUAACGAAAAAUGAGUGACCGGGAACACAAAGACCAAGGAAACAAGUUAUUUCUUGCUCGGCGUUUUGAUGAAGCAAUUUCCUGUUACUCAAAAGCUAUUCUUAAAAAUGCAUCUGUACCUCAAUAUUACACAAACAGAGCUCUCUGCUCCCUUAAACUGGGACGUUGGGAUGCAGUAGUGCAAGAUUGCAAAACCGCUCUAGAGUUGGACAGUACCUGGGUAAAAGGUCAUUUCUUUUUAGGCCAGGCUCUGAUGGAAAAAGAAUGCUAUGAAGAAGCUAUAAAAUAUCUUAGAAGAGCCCGAGACCUGUCAUUGGAUCAGAGGCUUAAUUUUGGAGAUGACAUAACCAGUCAACUAAGAUUGGCAAAAAAACACCAUUUCACAAAGCAGGAAGAGAAAAGGAUUUCUCAAGAAAUAGAGCUACAGAUGUACAUAAAUAGGCUCAUCCGAGAAGACCGAGAUCGACAGAUCGAACUCGUCAGCCAAGGAAAAGAAUACAGUGCGGUAGAAAACGAAAUUUCUAACGUAGAGGUUCUAACUGAUCGCUACCUGGCCGAAUUGAAUGACCUCUUUGCAACCGUUGACGAACGCAGAAUGAAACGAGAAGUUCCAGAUUAUCUCUGUGGCAAAAUUAGCUUUGAAAUCAUGAAAGAUCCAGUCAUCACCCCUUCAGGAAUUACCUACGAUAGGAAAGAUAUUGAAGAACAUUUGCAGCGAGUUGGACAUUUUGACCCCGUGACGCGAGUAAAAUUAACCAAAGACCAACUGAUCCCCAAUUUCUCCAUGAAAGAAGUGGUCGACUCGUAUCUGACCGAAAACGAGUGGGCUCAACACUACUAAUCACUUCGAUAAUCGUGUUUAAGAAUUUGUAAUCGUUCAAUCUUUCCCGUAUUGUACUAAUGAAAUCGAUGUACGAUUUCAUCUGAAACUAACUUGGCCUUGUCGUGGUGUUUCCUAUUAGGCUGGGUUAUUUUCGUAAGUAAAUGUUGCAACAGUCUUUCGCUAUCGGUUGGCUCAUGUGUUUGAAUAGACGAUAUGGGAAAUUUCA